CAUUCUUUAAAUCAUAUCCAUACUCAUGUCAAGCAAUGUUUUAAUAAAUGUAAACUUGGAUAGACAUAAAAGACAAUGGCUUCAUCAUUCUGUAAAGAAGUCUGUACACUCUGUAAAGAUGAUGAUGUAUCAAAUCAAGCAGUUAUUUGGUGCACAGAAUGUGAGGUUUUCCUUUGCAUGGAUUGUGAUAAUCAUCACAAAAAAUCACGAUCAUCUAAAUACCAUACAACCAUGCCUACUGAAGAUUUCCACAAACUCCCUGCAUUUAUGCAAAAAAUAAGCAGCCAGUGCAAAGAACAUAAUAAAAAGUUUGAGCUAUUUUGUACUUUCCAUGCAUGUCCAUGUUGUGUCCAGUGUGUUACAAAACACCAGAAAUGUCAAGACAUGAGGCCACUGUCAGACAUCCUUACAAACGUUAAGGCUUCUGUUUCAGUCCAGCUACUUGAGAAAGAUUUAAAGGUUCUCACGGAAAACUUUGAAGAGAUUGUAAAAUAUUUGAAUAGCAGGCUUAAUGAAAACAAAUUUCAGAAAACAAAAGCUAUUGAAAAAAUUCGUGCUGUGAGGAAGUCCUUAGAUGAUUACUUAAACAAGUUAGAACAACAAAUUGUUGAUGACUUAGAGUAUAACCACUCUAAACUUAAAUCAAAUAUUAACACUCUUCUUAAACAAAUCGAAGAUCGAUCAGUUAAAAUUCACAAACUUCAAGCCGAAUAUUUCCUGAUGACACAAUAUGCCACCGAGUUACAAAUGUACUUUGGUUUGACUGAAAUGGAGAAGAUAACAUCUUUAGCAACAACAUACAUAGAAAAUUUAGAAAGUGAUGAUUACUUGAAAGAAAAUAACUUAGAAAUUAAAAUUUCAUCUGCUCUUCAAUCAAUUUUGCAAGAUGUCAAAUUAUUUGGAGAUGUAAAUAUCACCACUAGCCCUUCUACUGUUCAAAUUAAAGCCGGAAGAAACGAUCAGGCACAACAUUCAGUAGAUACUGUUCCUGAGGUUGAUCAAAUUAAGGUAUCUUUACUGAAAACAGUGAUAAUGCCCGGAAAAAUUGGCUCCGUAACUAUAUAUGCUUGUAGUAUUCUACAAGAUAGUAAUUUUUUAAUCCUUGAUCAUAAAAAACGUCGACUAUUACUUUUUAAUAAUGAGGGCCUCUUAAUGAGAACAGUAGUGACAUUCGAAGUCAAUCCAUAUGAUCUUUGCAUUGUUAGAAAAAAUACAGUAGCAAUCUCACUCGGAACAUUAAAGCAAACAGUUCUGGUUGAUAUAGAAAAUAACAAAAUAAUUAAAACAAUUGAACUUUCUCAUAACUGCGGUGGAGUAACAGGUGACGGUCAAAUUUUAUUUGUCAUCUCUGCUCUUGAUGACCAGUGUACCUUAGUAAAUUUGACAGAUAUGUCUCAUAAAGUCAUAGGAGUUGGAGGAAGCUUUAUUUCGUUAUUUAAAGGAAACAUUUACUGCACCAGCUCGAGACAAGACAAAGUAAGUUGUUUCAAAACGACUGGAGAACGACUUUGGACAUUUAAGCACAAGGAUAUUGAAUGUCCAAAUGGAAUAGCAUUAGACAUCAAUGGCUUUGUUUAUGUGGCUUCUUUUAAAUCCAAUAAAAUCGUGGCGGUGUCACCAGAUGGAAAAACAUGUAAGACAAUACUAUCAGAAGCUGAUGGAAUUGUCAGUCCUAUUGGUAUAGACAUAAACAGAGACACAAGAAUGAUGAUAGUUUCGAGCAGAAUGAGUUCUAAAAGACAACAAAUUUUUGUUUUCAAAGUUUAGACAUAUGUUAUUUGUAGAUUUGAUAACUAACUAUGACAUUAUGAUUGGAACCUACAUGAAGAAUUUGAACUAUUUUGAAAAGACUUUAUAUGAAAAACCUAAUUAUAUUAUCUCCCUUUAAUGAUAAAAUGAUAGGAAAAUUAACCAGAUUUAUCUUUCAUUAAUCACAAAGAAGGGCUAGCAAACAGUUUUUAAUUUGAGCUUGAUUAACGUUAAAACGACUUUCAACUAAAAUUUAAUCUUACUUUAUUCAACUAUAUGGACUUAAUUAGCCCAAUGAACUAAUUUUAUUUGAUGUUAAGAAUUUCUAUGAUAACAGAUAAACAUGCUAAACAAAGUUGUAAAGAGUUAUUUCUGACAGGCGUUUUUACUUGUAGAAUUGAUAAUUUUUCUCUUCUUAAAUGUGUUGGUAUAAAAAAUACAAAAAUAUGCGAAAAUUUUCAAUUAAUGUUUUAAAGUUGCAUGGGUAAAAC